AUGGAUGGAAUUCGACGCGCGCCAGGCGUGGAGUGUCGAGCGACGAAGACGAAGACGAGUAAACCGACGAUCGGGACGAAGACGGCGCCGAGCGAUGCGUUGAGCCUGGCGAAAGACGUGCGGACGUAUUUGGAGUCUGAGAGUAACUUGGACGGAGAGGAACACUCGAGGGAGGUGGUGAUCGCGCCGGUGAGCGGGGAGAAGAUUGAGGCUCGAGCGCGAGGCGCGGCGAACGGGGAGUCGACGUCGGCGACUACGGAGAAGGAAAUCGUGAUUGAGAUCGAGUACGAAACGGACGAAAGCGCGAUGGGAAUCGCGGCGGAUGAAUCGUACUUUUUGUGCCCGGGGGCGUCGAGGCGGCCGGCGUGUUGGUUUCCGUGCGUCGAGCGAGGGGACGUGCUGACGACGUUUGAUUUCUCGGUGAGCGCGCCGAGGGAUUUGCAAGUCAUCACGUCCGCGCAUUGGGAUCGCGUCGAGCGGUGCAACGACAUCGAUGAAGACGAAGACGGCUUUAGGCUGCGACAUCACUUCACGGGGAUGUAUCCGACGUUUGCGCACGAAAUGCGAUUGAUUUGUGGCAGGUUCAAGGCGGUGUCGAGCCCGAUCAAAGGCGUGACUUUGUUCGCUCCCAAAGACGGCGAUUACGCCGAGCGCUUGGAGAUCGCGGCCGCGGGUGUGAGUAAGGCUAUCGUGGCGUACGAGGAAUAUCUCGGGCAUCCGUACCCUAUUUCGUGCUUGAAUAUCGUCUUCAUGCCGGACGAGUACGUGGGAGCGCGCGAUAGCUUGGGCGCGUGCAUGAACAUUCACUCGGCUAAAUGGUUGAUAGACCCGACGCUCAACACGGCUUUGCUCGAUGCGCGCGUGCAUAUCGCCACCGCCAUCGCGCGACAGUGGUUCGGGGGCGUCGUCGUCCCGGCGGAUACCACGGACUGUUGGGUCGUGGAAGGACUGGCGCAGUAUCUCGCCGGCGCGUAUGUGAAAAAGUUGACGGGAUUGAACGAACUGUCGUUCAGGCGCAUGCGCGACAUGCAAUUGACGGCGCGGAUGGACGACGGUGAAUCACUCCCCCCUCUCGCCAGUCGUGCGGCGCGCAUUUGGCGCGCCGGACAGUACGCCGGCCCCGACCUUGCCGCCGGCGGGACGCCGAAGCCACUCUCGGCGAGCGUCGAGCGCGGGUUGCAAGCCAAGGCGGUGACGAUCAUUUACAUGCUCGAGAAACGCCUCGGGCCGGAUGUCAUGCAGAAGGUGUUGAAAUAUUUCGCAGGAUUGCAUGUUCGUAGAAAUAAGAAGGAGGGCGGGACGCGCGCUGGUCCCUCCGCGGAGGUGCUGUCGAGCAACGCGCGUUGGAUUCACACGCUGCAACUCUUCGAUCACUGCCGCGCGACGGUCAACUUGGGCAAAGGUGAGGUGAACUCCUUCUUAGAACGCUGGGUGUAUGGCGCGGGCACGCCGAAGCUGUGCGUUGGAUACGUUGUGAAACGUAGGAAAAACGUCAUGGAGUUUGCGGUCAAACUCGAAGGGAGCGUCGCGGCGGCGGCGGCCGACAGAGCGGCACUCGCCGUCGCCAGAAACCAUCGCACUUCGGUCACCGUGCGCAUGCGCGAAGAGAACCGCCCGGAUGCGAACGAUCACGUCGUAUCGCUAGGACAUUCUGCUUGGCAGUUGAUGGAGAUUCCUCUGCAACCGAAAAUCAAAGAUCGUCGCCCGAAGACAAUCAUCGAAUCUGGAGGUGACCCCGAACUCAUCGCCGCGAUGGAUUGUCCGGUACGAUACGUCCGCGUGGACCCGGAAUUCGAGUGGAUGGGCAACAUAGAACAAAGUGCGAAGCAGGUCGGGUUAGAGUCGAUGAUGGCGCAGAUGCUGGAGAAAGAAAAAGACAUCGUCGCGCAAACCAUCGCCGUGGAAUUUCUCGGUCGCCGCGUCGCCAACGGAUCCGUGAGCGCAGUUCUCGUGCUGGAUAAGUGUCUGAACUCUGAGGAUACCUUCUGUCGCGUGCGCGCCGAAGCAGCGCUAGCGCUCGGCAAAAGUGCGAGCGAGAAAACGCAAUGGGGCGGAUUGAACGCGUUGAUUCGGCAUUACAAAAAGUUUCAGUGCGACGCCAACACGGGAAAGCCGAAACAAAACGACUUUAGAGACCUCGCGAAAGUCAUCGUUGACGAAGCCGUCAUCACGGCGCUUGGUUACGUCAUGGAUAACGGAAUCACCCAUCAGGAUGCGCUCGAGGCUAUCGUUGCCCGACUAAAGUAUAACGACAACGAGGGCAAUCCGCAGAGUGAUGACGGAUUCGUGGCGACGUGCAUCGCCGCGCUCGGCCGCUGCGUUCCCGCGGAUGGCAAGCAACUGCAAACCGUCAUGCAGACGAUUCAUUACUACAUUCGGCGUGAUGACAGAUUUCCAAGCGACGACCUUUGCGUGACGUGCGCUGGAAUCAGAGCGUUAGGCUUACUCGCUUCGACGAUCGACUCGAAAGAGCUCCGCGCCGACGCCGAACACGUCGCCAAACUUGGAUUCGCGCUCGGUAGACAAUCCACCGUGCUCGCUUCCGCGGACACGAUGAUGUACCUUCGCUUCGUCGAAACUAAGAGCGAGAUCGAAGCGCUCAAGUACAUGCUUGAACGAUCGGCGCAAGAGUCUGCGGCGACAAAGGCUGCCAUGUUGUGGAGCGCGUGCGAGUACUUGCAAUCCGUCGCCGGGGCGGAUUCUUUGAAGGGCGUCUCGAAGCCGAUAUUGGCCGACCUCCGUGAUCUCGUGCUAAAGGGCGGAAGCGAAAUUGCGAGCGCGGCGUUUUCGAUCCUCGCCACGCUCGCUUCGCAAGAUGAGAGCCUGAGUGAGAUUCGAGAAUCCAUCGCCGAGGCGAUUCGGCGCGCGGGCGAUCAAGUCCCAGUCGGCGUCGAUGUCCACGCCGCGCACGCCGCGCCAACGGCUGAGGAUGAAGUCAAGCGCGCGGAGAAGGAAGCUAAGCGUGCUCGGAAGCGAGAACGCGAGCGCUUGCGACAAGCCGCGCGCGCCGAGGUAGACUUGAAAAACGCUGAACAGCGUAGAAUCGACGCCGAGGCGGCGUUUGUCGAACAGCAAGCGGAACACGUACAAGACGACAAGACGACCGUCUCCGAGCGCACGGCGACGAUGAUGGGAUCAGAAGGCGACGCCACGCCUCAAGGUGGUACUCCGGUGGGUGGCCUGAAGCGCGCGAGAGAUCAGAAUCCGAGCGUCACGCAGUUUGCCGUGGAGCCUGCGGCGCCCGUCGCGACGGAGGACGCCGCGCCCGCCGCGACGGAGGACGCCGCGCCCGCGAAGAAGCUCAAACUUUCGUUCAAAAUUAAAAAACCCACGACGUAGGUAGACUAUGAAUACACACGAUGCUACAUUA